GGAGUUAUAUUUCAUUAAGCAAUACGUUCCACCAAAAUUAAUGGAUUAAAUAAAGUUGAACAAAAAAAUAUCAUCAUGGAGGAUGAGAAUAUGACAAUUAUAAGAAGACUAAUCCAACAUGGGAUUGAGCUAGCAAAAGAUUUGGAAGUCAACCUUGGAAACCGCUCCAUUUCACAAGCUUGUGAAGAGAUCAUUAGGGUUUUCAGCAGGGCGAGAGAGAGGUCGCUGUUGCAGAGGCCGCCGGCCGCCGGGAACGGCGGCGGGAGUAAUGUUCACAGUUGGCUGAUGAGCACUGCAGACACUGCUGGUCAAGCGGUGCUGGCGGACUUGUUGUUCCUUCCGCGCGUCGGGGAGCAGACGCCCGCGGUGGGGCCGCGGCGGUCCACGCCGCCGCUACCGCCGGAUCUGGUGCAUGGAGAAACGGUGGGAGGGUCUCCGUCGGCGGUGCGGGACGUGGACGUGUCUGAGUCUUCAAGAGGGCUUUCUUAUUCUUCUUCUUCGCAGAGCCAACGUAGAAGAAGAGAAGAAAAGGAGAGAUUUACGGUGAACGUAGCCGCUCCUCAAAUGGGAAAUCUUGAUUUGCCGCCUGACGACGGCUAUACUUGGAGAAAAUAUGGCCAGAAAGACAUUCUCGGUUCCUCUUUCCCAAGAGCAUACUAUAGAUGCACGCAUCAGAGAUUGUACGACUGCCCAGCAAAGAAACAAGUGCAACGUGUGGACGACAAUCCCUACAUUUUCAAAGUUACGUACCGGUACCGUCACACGUGUCACAUGUCCGCCACCGCCCCGUCGGCCCCGCCGGCAGUUGGCGACGCGUUGCUUCAACACCAGAGCGUAACAACCGCCCGUCGGCCACCGCACGACGGCAGAUCAUCCGGCGGCAGCUGGCUCACCAUGGAUAUCAAGACAAGGCCAUCUCCGGAGGGCGGCAGUACGAGCAAUAAUAUAAUGCUUCCCCAUCAAAUGCAUAGAGAUUAUGCAGCCCCUGCCGCCUCGUCGGAUGCCGCUGGGCCGUCCACCGCCGCCGGGACGAUGGACGUUGAUUUUGGCGGUCAACCGGUGGUGGAUAUGGCUGAUGUCAUGUUCAAUUCUGGGAGUAGCAGUGAGCAUACAAAUGAAGCCCAAUCUUUUGAACCAGAAGAAACGAAGAGCAUAGUACGGACCACGAGUCUCGGGUUACAAUUCCGCCACGGGGAUCGAAUGACGGGGGUUUCAGUGCUCAGGGGCGUCGUUCACGGCGGUUCAUCUCUUCUUCAUCACUCCCGGUUCCCAACUUUAAGCGGAUCGGAGAAGUCGAUGAAGCUCCAGUACCGGAUUCACCGGACAGGGAUUACUGUUUUUGCUCGGUACUCGCAGGCCCGUGAGAUUUUCACCUCUCGUUUUCAAGAUCGUCUUGAGAACUUUCCUGAACUUGUCGAGGAUGUUGUUAAAACAUCCAUAAAUACAGGUCCGCGUGGAGCUUUAAGGCUUGCCCAAGGUAUCCAAGCUGUAAUUGGAGUUGGUAGUGAGUGGUUGGCUGAUGUCCCAAAGACAGCAAACUCACCCACUAGAUUACCAACCGAGAUGCAGCUUGGGUUAUUAUCCCCCAUGUAUUUGAGGAAACUUUUUGAACGCAUGGGUGCAACAUAUAUUAAGUUGGGGCAGUUUAUAGCAUCUGCUCCCACAAUAUUUCCACCGGAAUAUGUUCAAGAAUUCCAAUACUUUUUUGACAAAGCUCCUCCAGUUCCGUUUGAAGAAAUUCAAGCAAUCUUGUGUGAGGAGUUAGGAAGACCAAUUGAUAAUGUGUUUGAUUAUGUUGACCCUACACCAAUCGCUUCUGCAUCCAUAGCACAGGUGCACGUAGCAAGAAUAAAAGGCUCUGAAGAUGAUGUUGUAAUAAAGGUCUUGAAACCUGGGAUAGAAGAUAUUUUAGUAGCUGAUUUGAACUUUGUGUACAUAGUGGCACGUAUUUUGCAGUUCUUGAGUCCUGAGUUAGACCGCGCAUCUCUGGUUGCUAUUGUCAAAGACAUAAGGGAGUCAAUGCUUGAAGAAGUUGACUUCACUAAAGAAGCUGCAAAUAUUGAGGCGUUUAGGAGAUAUCUAGAAACAAUGGGUCUAACUAGGCAAGCUAAAGCACCAAGAGUGUACCAGCAGUGCAGCACACGACGAAUCCUGACAAUGGAGAGGCUUUAUGGGGUUCCACUCACUGAUUUAGACUCAAUAAACUCACUUGUCCCUAAUCCUGAGGCCAGUCUUAUAACCGCUUUGAAUGUGUGGUUUGGAAGCUUGCUUGCAUGUGAGUCAUUCCACGCUGAUGUACAUGCCGGCAACUUGUGGCUUCUUCGUGAUGGUCGCAUUGGGUUCCUUGACUUUGGAAUUGUUGGUCGCGUAUCUCCUAAAACAUGGGCUGCUACUGAAUUAUUUUUGGGAUCAAUAGGAACCAAAGAAUAUGGCACAAUGGCUUCUGCCUUAAUUGACAUGGGUGCUACUGGCAAGGCUGUUGAUUCCAAGGCAUUCGCAAGAGAUCUUGAAAACCUUUUUUCAUCAGUUCAGGAAUUGGAUACAAAAAUAAUUGUUGCAGCAGCACAAGACAGGAAGACAAAAGCAACUGCUGUCUCUGCCAAUGUCGUUUUCGAAGAGACGCAAAUGAAUGCUCUUUUUCUUGAUUUGGUUCGAGUUGGAGAGUCUUACGGGCUAAGAUUUCCACGGGAGUUUGCACUUCUGAUGAAACAGAUACUAUAUUUUGACAGAUACACAAGGCUGUUAGCUCCAAAUCUGAACAUGCUUCGCGACCAACGGAUCAACAUUGCCCAAAAUGAUCGAGGUAGAAGAUUCACAUAAUGCCCCCACCUUCAUUCUUUAUUUGCUCCUUGUAUGAAUCAAUAUGUGUAUACUCCAAUUGAUAAAGCGAAAAAAAUCACGGUAUCAAUCAUUUCAAUAAUACUAUAGCAUCUUACAAGUGUAUAGUACAGAGUAAUACUUUAUGAUUAUAGAUAAAAGAGGAAACGAUUUAUGUGUGUUUGG